CCACUCCACUAUGUCUCCCUGUCAUGGCUUUUGCGCCAUCAGUACAGAUACCAACAUGAGCAACAGCUACGUUUAGCUACUUACGGACUGUUAGUGGAAUUUCCGUGAGAGAGUAAUGGUUCAUAUGAUUGGAUGUUAAUUAUUUGACUAGGCUACCUGUAUUUYUGUUGUUAUUUCGUACUGGAGCCGCCUUAUUGGGGAGAUGCACGUUUGGUAGCUAUGUCACAAAAUUGGAAGUCGGACUAUCGCGUUUUAGCAUCUGUGGACUAUUGCCGCGUUCAAAACAACUGGGAAAUCUGAAAUCUCCCGACUUCCGAGUACAGUGCYUKCAAGACAACUGGGAACUCAUAGAAACGAGCUCCAACUGGGAAAUAUCUUUAGAACGGUCAACCAUCUUGAAUUUCAAAGUCGGAAAUUCUGCAUCUUUCUAGAGCUCAAAAUUUCCGACCUGAAGAUCACUUAUGUCAUGAUUUAAUCCCGUUUUUUCCCCCGAAACCCAUUUGUGUUGAACGUGCCCUUUAAUUUAUGCUUGAGCCCUGCCCCGCCAGAGAUGACUGUUGCUAAGGACGCAUUUCCCAAGCAAGAUGGCUGCUGUCAAAAAACAAAUAAGAAACUCUCGCUACUAUUCCGGAGAAGUAACAAAUCUUACCCGGAACGGGUUUGGCGUGUAUGUGUAUCCAAACAGCUUUUUUCGCUAUGAGGGAGAGUGGAGUAAGGGCGAAAAACAUGGGCAUGGAAAACUCUUGAUGAAAGAUGGAAGCUACUACGAGGGGGAGUUUGCUCAUGGGGAAAUAGAGGGGAAUGGGUCAAGGUUCUGGGCAAAAACAGGCAAUGGGUUUCUGUUGGAUAAGGAUGGACAAACAUACGAGGGAUCAUUUCAUCAAAACAAGCGGCAUGGUGAAGGACAAAUGCAUUACAGGAAUGGGGAUCAAUAUGAAGGAGGUUGGCUUCUGGACCAACAACAAGGCCACGGAGUGAUGCACUUUGGGGAUGGAUCAGUGUACGAGGGCCAAUGGCGUAAUAACCUCUUCAACGGCCAGGGGACCAUGAUCCACUGUUCUGGGAUUAUCUAUGAGGGGGUGUGGACCAACGGCAGACCGCUAGGUGGCGCUUCGAAAGUUGUAAUAGAGGGAGGAGAUGUCUUGGAGGUCUUCCAAGAGACUCCAUUUUGUGUGGAAGUGCAACUGCAGACGGAGGCGGGAGAGAAGGCAACGGGUGAAAAUGGCAGAGUCUUACAAAUAUCCACUGCUAUCAGACUCUGUGAUCUCUCCCCGUCAACAACUCCAGCGAGCCUGCUGAAGAUGAUGGAAGACAUCAAGGAAACACCCAUCCCCACACCAUUUGGCUUUCAGGUUGUCAGCUACCCUUUGAUGGAGAGAGCCUUUGGAAGCCAGGUCUUCAUAGACACUGCAGCCCCCCUAGCCGUGGCUGCGGUGGCGGCUAAAUCAGGCUCAGCGCAGGCUGUCUCGCCACUGCUUCCCGAGGGCGAGUGGGAGUCUGGAAGCGGAUCAGACGGGCCGCCACUCGUGGGGGGUACCCCCAGCUACCUGGAUGGAAAGGAAGUGAGUGGGGAGCAGAAUCAGUCAGGAGAAGGGGAAUCGACCARCAUCACCGAGUUCUUCUCAGGACUCUAUGCUGGACAAGAGGAGGACUCCACCCCUCCUCCAGCCAAUCAGAGGGUGGAAGAAGGCCAAGCUAAAUUCCAAAAUCUACUGUUGGCCCCUCCCCCUCAUGACUUCAUCCCUUAUCAGCUGAUGGAUGAGCUGAAGAGAAACAUAAAGAAGCRGUCCAACAGAGCCCCAACUGAUAGACCGGGCCUCUCCCAGGACAAGAACUCAGAGCGCAGGUCAAGCACGGGGUCUUGUUUUACCAGCAACAUAAAGAAAAGCUCCAUUGACAGCAGGAGUGUGAGGCCAGGUGAAUAUGUGAUUAUGGUGAAAGAUGUCACCAACCCACCAUUUCAAGGCCAGACCUUACCCCCAGCAUUUGCCCUGCUGCGCUUGUUUCCUGCCAAGACCAAAAGUAAAAACAGCCAGACGGACAAAAUCAAGAGUAAGUGACGUCCUUCUCAACACGUCAGAGACUUUCAUAGAAGACUUUAGAAGAGAAGCAUGACACGACCUUCAGCACUCAGAACCUCACAAUAAACUCUUCAAUGGGACAUAAACAUGUUUGUUCAACAUCAACUUUGGCAUUUAUUACUUCAAAUUGUUUAUACAUGGUCAUGUUUUCAGUAUGGAAGAAUCCAGACAUGGUUUUAGUGACAGUUGUGAUAGAAGGGAGAUUCACUCAUUGAUACAGAGCAGCAGAGUUUAUACUUUACUGGAAAUGCCCUAAAUUAUGCUAAUAAGGUUCUAUAUGAUUGGAAGCAGCCUCAUUUAACCUCAAAUAAAAAUGAGUGAAAUAAAAA